CUGACCUCCUCACAUGACCCGCAGCCUCUGUCGGUGAAGAUCUGUAUUUUUUUCUCCGGUAAAUCUUCGUGUUCGUGAUGGCUACCCGCGGGAAACUUAUCGCCGUGAUCGGUGACGAGGACACGUGCACCGGCUUCCUGCUCGGUGGGAUCGGUGAGCUCAACAAGAACCGGAAACCGAACUUCCUGGUGGUGGAGAAGGACACGAGCAUCACGGAGAUCGAGGAGACCUUCAAGAGCUUCCUGUCUCGUAACGACAUCGGCAUCAUCUUGAUCAACCAGUUCAUCGCUGAGAUGAUCCGUCAUGCCAUCGACGCCCACAUGCAGUCCAUCCCGGCCGUGCUGGAGAUCCCAUCCAAAGAGCAUCCGUACGACGCGUCCAAGGACUCCAUCCUGCGCCGCGCCAAGGGCAUGUUCUCCGCCGAGGACUUCCGAUAAACACAAACGCAGCGUUUGAUGAAUGUGAACAUCCCUGAGUGUCCCUGAACGUCCCUGAACGCACCGUCUGUCUGAACAGUGACUCAGUGUCAGUGAUGUUUGUGUCUGUUUGUGUUUCAAGUUUUUCCAGGAAGUGAAAAUGUUUCAGUUUCAUGUGACUGUUUGAAGUUUAUCCUUCGUCUGAGCUGAAAAUACCUCGGCCUGAGGAGGAGGAGAUGAAGAUAAUAACAUGUUUUAUUCCUGUUUGUUCCAGAUGUUUAACUUAUGAAAUAAAUGAUGUGUUUUAUUUGUCAGAA